GACUCUGAGGGAUAUGUCCUGUCCCGCGGGAGCUGGGUGUUGGCCCUUUCUCUCCCCUCUGUCCCUGGCCGGCUGAGCUCAUCAACAGCCCGGCCGGCCAUUCCACACCGAGAUUCAAUUUGCAAACGUCCGCCUGCUUAGGCGCUUUGCUUCUUGUAAUAACUUUCAUUGGGUUGAGUUAUUCAGCCCACCUUGGAUUUCUUAACUGCGGCACUAUUGCCGUUUGGAGUCGGAAAAUGCUCCAUUGUGGUGCUGUCCUGCGCACUGUAAGAUGCUGAGCAGCAUCCUUGGUUUCCACCCAAUCGAUGCCAGUAGCACCUCCCUCCCAGUUCUGACAACUUCCUGACAUUGCCGCCUGUCCCUGGGAGGCAAAAUCGCCCCUGGUUAAAAACCAGUGAGCUACACUUGGUGCGUGCUGUGAAGAAGAUAGGAGCUAUAUUGAAGACGAUGUCUGGAAGCUUCUACUUUGUCAUCGUUGGUCACCAUGAUAAUCCAGUUUUUGAAAUGGAGUUUUUACCAGCUGGAAAAGCAGAAUCCAAAGAUGAUCACCGCCAUCUGAACCAGUUCAUAGCUCACGCUGCCCUCGACCUCGUAGAUGAGAACAUGUGGCUGUCGAACAAUAUGUACUUGAAGACGGUGGACAAAUUCAAUGAAUGGUUUGUCUCAGCAUUCGUCACUGCGGGUCAUAUGAGAUUUAUUAUGCUGCAUGAUGUCAGGCAAGAAGACGGAAUCAAGAACUUCUUUACUGAUGUCUAUGAUUUAUACAUAAAGUUUGCAAUGAAUCCAUUUUAUGAACCCAAUUCUCCUAUUCGAUCCAGCGCAUUUGACAGAAAAGUUCAGUUUCUUGGGAAGAAACACCUUUUAAGCUGAAUGCAAAAAAACUCAGAAGUACACAAUGUCACUACAAUGGGGUAUACUCAGGAAUGUGUACAUUGUAAGUAACGAUUAAAUAGCAUGGUAAAGUUUACUUGUAGUUUGUUUAUCUAAACCUAAUGAAAUUGCUUCUAUAUUUAAAAAUAGCACAUUCAGUUUCUUACAGCUAAGAACAGAUUGAUAUUUGCUUGUGAACACUUAUUUAUAAAGAGCUCUUUAUUCGUAAUCUUGAAAUAUCUUUAUUUUUAAAAAUUGAGAAUAAGCUUUUGACUUUCCUCAUUCAGAUAGUUGAUCUUGAUGAAGCACUCCAGAACCAAAUAUCAUUGUCAAGAUUUGGUAGACAGAUUUAAAACUAAAAGCUUCUGCAGUAGGGAAUGAAGUUGGUAGCACAUACAUGGGCUCAUCUAUAGAUCCAGAGAUGUUAUGAAAACACAUAGGCAGUAUACAUAGCUUUGCCCAAGAAGCCGGAGCAGACCGUGUUGCAGUGCCAAGUGCCACAGGCCUGCCCUUAUCAGAGCCUAGAAACAGUGAUCCUGCUGCAAUUCGAGACUCCUGAGCCCAGGUUUGUAUAGUGGGAGGCCAGGACCACUGUGACAGGUUAUGUUCUUGUUUCCUUUCCCUCAGACAAUAAACUAAGGAUUAAGUGAACCUGUUGAUAGCUGUGCUAGUAGAAAGUUUUAAGGCAGUUUUAGAAUUCUAAACAAAGAAAAGCUUGUAUCACAUUAGCACUUGUACUCUAGGCUUUUCAGGCUGUAUACCUGUAUACCCAAGUGGGUGGGAGUGGUCUUUUUUUUUUUUUACUAUAACAGUGUGGGAUCUUAAUUGUAAACCAGUAAAUGUCUAUUGAAAAGCAAGUAAAUGUUCAUUGAAAACCAGGUAUUUUCUGUGCUGUGAGCACUUGAAGAAUUUUGUUCCAUUCUGAAUGACCUGAGCAAGGAAUUCUCAGUUUGGUCUUGUAUCUUUGUGUGAAGCUGCUACCACAGUUUACCCUAUUUAUUUGAUUUCCUAAAUAAAGAUGUUUGUCCAAGACUA